AUGAGGUUUUGUGCGAUCGCUGUGUGCAAAAACAACUCUAAAAAACGGCCGGAUCUCAACUUUUUCGGGUUUCCAGGCGAAGAGAGACUUAAAAAGAGAUGGAUUACCUUCUGUCGUCGGGCUGAUAAGGAGUUUACGUCAAUCAAGAAUUUACACAUAUGCUCUGAACACUUUGAGACGAAACAAAUCGUAAUGAAACUUUCUGGGAUCAAAAAAUUAGUACAAGGGACGGUUCCAACAAUUUUUAAUCCAUAUUCAGACCCUAGAUGUCCGAAUCAACGCGAGGAAAGGUCCAGCGAGCGGAGAAAACGAAAUUCAAUUGAAGGCAACAAAGAAGUAGUUCCCGCCAAAAUUUUCCAUGUCUCCACUGAUAUUGCUUUAAAAGAUCAUGACUACGUGGUAAAGGAAGACAAAGUUCAUGGAAUAAAAGAAUUCAAGGAAAAGCAAUGUGAGUCUCUUACUUGUCUAACGGAGAUAGAUCACCAACAAAUGGACGAUUUGAUGAAAAAUGUGUCGAUGCUAAAAGCGGAAAACAAAAGAAUUCGAAACGAACUCAAUGAUAAGCCAGCAUUAGGACGAAAACUUUCCAUGGACGAUAUACUGAAAAAUGACGAAUCCGUGAAAUUCUACACGGGAUUUCCAACAUUGGCCUGCCUUAUGGCGAUAUUUAAUCUACUGAAACCUGCAGCCGAGAAACUGAAAUACUGGGACAGCAAUAAGGGGAAAAAGUACAUUUCCAAUACAGACCUGUAA